AUGCGAUCACGACCAACGCCGAAAGAAGAAUGCGCUGCAGAGCGCAAGGACCAAAGCGAUGAAACACUGGGAAGCGUGCCUCUGGACCCCGAGUUGAAGUCCACCACUGAGACCAAAGACCUAAGAACAUUCAGAAUGCUACCAAAUUAUGCAUUCUCAGAAAAAGGUUUGAGCCCAGCAAUGAGGUGCAUGGAGUGUGAGGAUGAAGGAUUCAACACAUUCAAGUAUUUUUGGUUGAAAGCAUACAUUUGGCCAUGUCAAAAUGGUGACUGUUUCUUGUAUUGGUGUCUCAUCUUACCAAGUUUUUCUUGCAGUCAUAUUAUCCCAGAAUAUAGCUUCUUGGAUGCACGUGGCUUGGGAAAAUAUGAAGGAAGAAGCCUGGAUGAUAUAAAUGAAAUAUAUGCAGCAGAUUUAAUUUCUCCAAAUGCUAGGCCACCUCCUUUCACAGACGGAACUCCAAAUGAAAGUGUUGCUGAUGUAUACGUUCGUGUGACACAACUCAUGUCCAUAUUGGAAACACAAUAUUCCAGUCAGAAUGUCAUCAUUAUCUCACCCGAUUCAGACAACUUGACAAUUCUUCAGGCAGAUGCAUCUGUUUACCUCUUUUCCAGUUUUUCUAAUUGCAGGCACAGUGAACUAUUUUUUAAUCCUGGGGAAGUCAGGUUUGUGGAUAUAAGGACUAUCCCUGCUCCCAAGAAACCUCCUUCAGGACUCUUUAAAUGUUUAAAACCUCCAAAUUGUAACUAAUAAAUAUUCAAGUAUAUUGAUUAUCAGUCUUACUGUAUAUCAGACCUUUUUUCAAUGUAACUUCUCAUUGAAUUGUAUCCAUGUGUGCUCUAUAAUAACCCACGAAGAUUCUAGAAUACCCAUUCCUCGGGACUUUGUACAUGAACUUUUGUAAUCAGCUAGGAUGGAAAGGAAAACAGUCAAAACAACUAAUGUCAAUUUAUAUUUCUUUCAAAAGAGUGUAUCUUUGUAAACGAUGCUCUCUAACUAGUAUAAGAGAUCAAUGGAAAAAGAAGACUGCAAUGUAUUGUGAACACGUUUCUAUUAUAACAUGAUUCUAUUUGUGUGA